AUGGAUAAUCUCGUACGUUGGUUUGAGGAACGUGGGGGCACCUUCGAUAGUUCAGCAUUACGUUUUGCGCCCAUCGACGGACUCGGGCGAGGCGGUGUCGCCCUACGCGAUCUCGACAAAGGUCACACUCUAUUUACGAUUCCCCGAAAUUUGACUCUGUCUCUGCGGACUUCUUCCUUACCGGGACGAUUCGGCUUGCCUGCUUGGAAGCAGCAUGGACUUCAUACAGGCUGGGCUGGACUUAUACUCUGCAUGAUGUGGGAAGAAGCACAGGGGGCAGAUUCCAAAUGGUCGGUAUAUUUUGACUCCCUACCGAACUUCUUUGAUACGCCCAUGUUUUGGACCCCCGAUGAAUUGGCUGAGUUAGAGGGAACGGCCGUGGUAGAUAAAAUUGGUAAGGAGCAGGCCGAGAAAGACUUUACGGACCGCGUGCUACCCGCGAUUCAGAGCAGGCCUGAUCUCUUUCCUCUGCAACAGCUCUCCCGUUAUACUGUGCACAACUACCACGUUAUGGGAAGCAGGGUAUUGUCACGUAGUUUCACCGUCGAGAAGUGGGGCGGCGAAGAUCCUGAGCACGCCGUAGCAUCCUCCGCUGCGGAAGCCAUGGAUGUCGAUGGUGGCCUCACAGAACCGGGACACUCAGAAAUCGUUCCCAGAGCCGCUGAGCCCGACGCGGGCGCAGCAUCCGCUGAUGAAGGAGAUGAUAGCGACGACGAGGACGAUCCGGCGAAUGUGGCUAUGGUACCGAUGGCGGACAUGCUGAACGCCCGGUUUGAGUGUGAAAAUGCUAAGCUAUUUUAUGAAGAGCGUGAUCUGCGUAUGGCGACUACGCAAUCAAUCAAAAUGGGAGAGCAGAUCUGGAAUACGUACGGGGACCCUCCUAACUCAGAUCUUCUUCGACGUUAUGGGCAUGUUGACCAGGUACCGCUUCCUGAUGGGCGGCUGGCAAACCCAGCGGAUAUCGUGGAACUCCGCGCAGAUCUUCUCCUCUCGAGUGUCACGUCGAAGGACCUCGGAGACCGAGUAGACUGGUGGCUGGAGGAAGGCGGAGACGACGUCUUCAUCUUCGACAAGAGCGCUGUUCUACCAGAAGACUUUGUUUCUUUCGCGCGACUUCUCUUGCUACCCCAAGCAGAAUGGGAGAAGGUGAAGAGAAAAGGGAAGCUGCCGAAGCCAAAGAUGGACGAUGCUAUCGCAGAUGUUGCGGAGCGAAGCUUACAACGUCGGCUCGCCCAGUAUCCCACCACGUUGGAGGAAGACGAAGCGUUGCUUCAUAGCGCACAAUCCACGAUGCAUAAGUUCCAUGCGCUUGUCGUGCGAAUGGGCGAAAAGUCCCUCCUACUUGAGGCACUACGGCACGUUCAGUCGAGCAAGGCGCGAUCACCGAGAAAGCGCAAAGCCGAAGAUCUGCCAGGCAAGCACGCCAGCAAGAAGCGGUAG